AUGGCAGCAAGGUCUAGACAAGCUGCAUUGGAUGAGAUUCAGGGAGCUUACCGGAAGCAGUACAAAAGGAUUGCUGACUACUGCUCCGAGCUGCUACAUGCUAAUCCAGGGUCCUCAGUGACGCUCAAGGUACAAAGGUCCCCUGAUUUCGAGGUUGAGGACCAGCACCAGGGGUUAAACAAUUACUGCAUUUUUCAAAGGGUAUAUGUGUGCCUAGCUGCUUGCAAGAAGAGCUUCCUGCAGUGUAGAAAGGGGGCAGUUAUUGACAGCAAUUGGGUGGAUCCCAAUGAUCAAAUGCUUCCAAUCGCCUACGCCGUUGUGGAGGCAGAGACUAAAGACACCUGGAAGUGGUUUCUCCGGCUGCUCAUUGACGACUUUGGAGCUGAGGUCAUUGGGAAAACAACCUUCAUGUUUGAUCAGCAGAAGGGUCUCUUGCCUGCUUUCGAUGAAGUUAUUCCAGGAGUGGACUAUAGGUUCUGUGUCCGCCAUCUUUACAGCAAUUUUAGGAAAAAAAUUUUUGGGUUACACCUGAAGCAGCUGAUGUGGAGGUGUGCAAAGGCUACACACUGGAAGGAAUGGGAGAAAGAGAUGCAAAUCAUAAGGCAGAUCAAUUCUGCUGCACAAACAUAUGAGGUUGUUAAUGGUUUGUCUAAAUUUGCUGUUGAUCUUUCUGCUCACGAGUGCUCCUGUAGGAAGUGGCAGCUUAGUGGUAUUCCCUGCACCCAUGCCAUUAGCUGCAUCAACUAUAAGGGCCUUGACAUAGAUGGAUUUAUUGAUGACUGCUACAAGAAGCCUACAUAUGUCAAGUGCUAUGAUUCAGUCAUCAAUCCUCUGAAUGGCCCAGAUUUUAGGGAGGAAACCAACUUUGAUGAUGUCAUGCCCCCUCCUUAUCGAAAGCCCAGCCACAGACCAGUCAAGAAGAGGAAGAAAGGACCUAAUGAGCCUCCGAACAGCAGCCAGUCCCACUUGUCUAGGAGGGGACAAAUCCAAAGGUGCUCAAACUGUGGUGAAUCUGGACACAAGAGGGGAGGAUGCAAGAAGCCAUCCCUGGAUGCCCAACAACCAAGGCAAACUGCUAGCAAAAGGACCAGAGGAGGAAGGAAGCCUUCAUCUAUCAGACCUAAAACCAUAUCUAAGGCUUCAUCCCAGCCUGCCAUGCCAUCUGCAAGUGCAGGUUUGAGGAGGUCCACCAGGUCUAGAGUAGCAUCUCAGCCCCAACCAGCCACCACCUCUUUUCAGCCCAACUCAACCCAUUCCAGGUCCAAGCCCACAUCAUCCUCUACUAGGCCCAACAAAAAGCGCACUAGAAGCCUUACACAAGAACCACCAGCACCAAAGGAGAAGGGUGCAGCCAGCUCCAACCAACCAGCCAGGCCUGUCUCCUUUAGUCACAAAAUUCCACUGCAUGUAUCUCCUAGAAAGCUGAGGCUCAUGGCUAAACUUCCACCAAGACUUUGGGAAAAACUUUAG